GUGAAAGAUUACCCUGCAGAAUCUAUGCGUAUCGCAUAUAUGCCCGUAUAAUCACUAUUAUCGAAACAUUCGAAACUCCACACUUCGCAGAAGCUGUUGAACGCGGUAUCGUUUUGACGCGCGCGCAACGAAGGUUGGGAAAAUCGUAUCGAACUGUCAGCUUGUGGAUCAUGUGUUGUGCAAUCACCGUUUGAUGUCUUACGUAAAAUAAGUGCUCCAUACUCCAUAAUGUCGAACAAACCUAAUAAUAAAUCUAACGCAAUCGACGUACCUGAGAAGAAACAUAUUGAACAACGAGAGUCCAUUGUAAUUGAGGACGUACCAAAUGCGAAAAUUGCCGAUUUUGAAACGGCGAUCACCGUCGCCGGAACUGGGAAAUUUCAGUAUCUUCUCAUCCUUGCGAUUAUCCCGGGCUCCUGGGCAUCGAGCAUAGAUACGGCUAAUAUGUCGAUGAUACUCGCAUCGGCGGAGUGCGACUUAGGAUUGACACUGUUCCACAAAGGACUCUUGAAUGCUAUUAUCUAUGUAGGUAUGGUGUUGAGUGGUUUUAUAUGGGGAUACCUGGCUGACGUUAAAGGAAGGAAGAAGAUUAUAGUAUAUGGCUAUAUGGCAGAUGGUAUUUGCAAUGUACUGUCAGGAUUUUCACAGAACUUCGAGACGCUCGUGUUCUUCAAAUUUCUGAGUGGUCUCAUUGUGAGCGGUCCACAUGCUACUCUUAUGGCAUACUGCUCGGAAUUUUAUGGCGCCAGCGGUAGAACAAAGAUACCAAUUCUCGUUGGUUUCUCAGUUUCGUUGGGAUGUGUCGUAAAUGCAGCAUUGGCUUGGCUAGUGGUUCCUCAACCGUGGUCAAUUGUCCUUUGGGAUGGUGCCUUUGUCUAUAAUUCCUGGAGAAUCUUCUUGUCCCUCUGUGGGGUACCGACAUUGAUAGGCAUUGUUUGCAUGUCUUUAUUCCCAGAGAGCCCUAAGUUUCUGAUGACGCAGAAUCGCAAUGAAGAUGCUCUUGAAGUUUUCAAGAAGAUCUACAGUGUGAAUACCGGUUUGCCGAAAGAUAAUUAUCCUAUACACGCCUUGGGCGAUGUGAAUUUAAAUAGGGCAACCGCAGAGCAAUCAAAAUGUCAAAACGGUGCGAAGGCGAGCUUGAAGAGCGGAAUUCAGCAGAUGAAGCCUAUUUUCUUGAAUCCACAUCUCUCGCGUAUUUUAUUACUCGUUACUAUACAAUUUUGUGGAAUGUUGGGCCUCAAUACGAUUCGCCUUUGGCAGCCACAACUUUUUGCGACAAUAAACAAUUUUUAUAGCCUUGAUACGAACAUAACUAAUCCUACCUUUUGCGAAAUAUUGGACUUCUCGAUGUCUAUUAAUGCAAAUGAAACUGUCGCACUAGGAGGAACGUCAAGCUGUGAAAAUAUUGUUGUGUCCGAUUCAAUGUACCUGGACACUGUUCUUGUCUCGGCUACUUCUUCUAUCUUCAUACUCUGUGCCAGCGUCUUCGUUCAUUUUCUGCAGCACAGAUAUCUGUUAAUCAUCAGCUAUGGAUGCUCGCUUUUGUGUAUGACCGCUUUAAUCUGGUCUACAAAUACAUUAAGCACCCUUAUUCUCACGUGUUUAUACGUUGGAUUAUUGAGUAAGAGUUUGAACGUUGCGAUCGGCGCGACUGUUCUGCUUUUCCCUACGUCUUUGAGAGCCAUGGCAGUAAGCAUGGAAAUGAUAAUAGGAAGAAUCGGAUCUAUGACUGGCAAUCUCUUAUUCCCCGUUUUACUUGAGCACGGCUGUAUAGCACCGAUAAUUAAUCUGGUCUGCUUCUCUUUGGUAUGCAUGUUUCUUACGUGUUUCCUACCAAGUACACGCAAGCACGCGGUGUAAGUCACGCUGAAAGAUCGAGAGAGGAUAAAGUUUCAGACAAGUCACAAAACAAGUUUCAUUUCUUACGAGCGUCUCCGUAAUAACGUCUCCAUUUGAGGAUUCACGAUCGCUUAGCCGAGCCAAACUGGAGGCUCCGAAGACCUGAAUCGAAGCUUAUCGCGAGCUAUGAUCGAGCCCAUAUGAGGGCGGACAAUGGCCAUGCAUAUACAUGCACCACACAACGAAAGACUGCAUGAGACCUUGAGUUUCACUUUCGACACAUCCUGGAGAGCCCUCCAGCCUUCACCCACAUGCUCAUCCCCCUCUAUCCCGCGCUUCUCCUCGUGUGGACGCAGAGCUUUAUCGCAGAUCUCAGGACCUCGCCACCUCCGUUGAUCGGUGCAAUAAAAUGUACCGACGUGAACUUGUACGCCUGUAGUAAGUCUUCACCUCGAAAAAAAUCAGAGAAAAAGGCGCGAACGUGGCGUGAAUCUUUAUGGCUGCAAUCAAUUGAAUGUAUUGUUAUCGUGUUUUGCCUCCGAUUGAGGAUUAACUCAGAGAUGCCUUGAAUACUUUUGGAUGUGCUUUAUUAUGUGUGAAUUAGGUAAGUAAGUAAAAAGCACAGCGCGUUUAUGUUUAUACUUUAUGACAUUAACUUUUACAUAUAAACGCAAUGUGCGUAAACAUCUAUACUUUAUCAUGGGUGAUUAUCUCGGGAAUUGUCGCACAGUAAGCCAGCGAUUAUAGGAUUUGUAAAUUGCUCACGUUCUUUAUUUGCACGUCGGAAAACUGUGAUACAAUUUAUGAGAACUAUUAUUUUCAGACAAAUAUGUUGACGGCAAUACGUGUACAUUUUAUAGCGUACAGUUGGUUAUUUCAGAAGAUGAUAAUAUCACAAUUAUAGUUUAUGCAAGUGUAAUACAAUUGAUAUCACGAAUGCAAAACAUAUUGUAUAAGUGUACAUGUAUAUACGUAUAUGACACAAGAAAUACAUGUACAAUAAUUAUUCUCUACCACAUAA